AUGGCUCUGCCAGGCACAGAGAAAGGCAGGGGCGAGACGGAGAUGGGGGGAGAGGAGCAGGUUAGGCGCUGCCGUGCCUUGCCGUGGCUCUGCCAGGCACAGAGAAAGGCAGGGGCGAGACGGAGAUGGGGGGAGAGGAGCAGGUUAGGCGCUGCCGUGCCUUGCCGUGGCUCUGCCAGGCACAGAGAAAGGCAGGGGCGAGAUGGAGAUGGGGGGAGAGGAGCAGGCACAGAGAAAGGCAGGGGCGAGACGGAGAUGGGGGGAGAGGAGCAGGUUAGGCGCUGCUGUGCCUUGCAGUGGCUCUGCCAGGCACAGAGAAAGGCAGGGGCGAGACGGAGAUGGGGGGAGAGGAGCAGGUUAGGCGCUGCCGUGCCUUGCCGUGGCUCUGCCAGGCACAGAGAAAGGCAGGGGCGAGAUGGAGAUGGGGGGAGAGGAGCAGGUUAUUCGCUGCCGUGCCUUGCACUCUCUCUGCCAUCUCAUGUGCUCACCACUCUCUCUGCCAUCUCAUGUGCUCACCACUCUCUCUGCCAUCUCAUGUGGUCACCACUCUCUCUGCCAUCUCAUGUGCUCACCACUCUCUCUGCCAUCUCAUGUGCUCACCACUGUCUCUGCCAUCUCAUGUGCUCAUCACUCUCUCUGCCAUCUCAUGUGCUCACCACUCUCUCUGCCAUCUAA